UUUAUUUCGAGUUAUCACUCAGCCAAUGUGAAAUAGUGAAUAUAAUUUCGACGUGUGUUAUCAUGAAAUUAUGCCGGCUAAAAAUUAAGCAAGAAAAAUAUCAAUGUCAAAUAAACAUUGUUCGCUUCGACAUCUUAACGCUCAUGAAUAGCUCAUGAAAAAGAAGCAUCGGUAGAAGAAAGUAGCAGUUUAUUUUAACGACUUUGACGGCGCUGGAUACAUCUAAAGGACUGAAAUAUGAUAUAUUACUUGGACAGAUAGUGACAUCGUUUAAUAAACGCGGCAAAUUCAUGUCGUCCAGAUCACAUUUCACAGCGAAAUUCAAAGCGGUUGUUAGUCAAAAGUUCGUUUAAUCAUCAUGAGUCAGCUACAAACUAAUCUGUUAGCUGCUGCUAUUGGAGCAACUAUUGGAGUGAUAAGCGCAGCUAGUAUUUUUAUUUAUCAUAAAAUUUUGGAGAAGAAACAUGAAUAUGAACAUAUGAAGAAUGGAAACUAUGAGGAACUCAAUCGUCGUCUUACAGAAUUACAAGAAGAAUUGGAUGCACUAAGAUUACAGCAAAAUCAACAGAGAAAGAAGAAGCUUAGUCGUAAACGUGUUCUUAAUGACAAUACAUAUACUGCAACAGAUAAUGAUACAGAUGUAGAUGCUUUUUCAACAGCAGGUACAGAUAUUGGAAAUGAUGAAUUCUUUGACUGUUCGGACAGUGAUAAUGGUAUAAGUGACAUAGAAACUAGGUCAACAGAAGCCACUUGCCCUGGAUUAAAUUUUUCCAUCUUGGAUGCACGCAUUGAACAGAAGGAACAUCAACAUGAUAUUUAUUUUGAGCUACAAACCCUUGCAAACAAUUAUCCAAAUAAUAUAGAUAUAGCAUGGAGAUUUGCCAGAAGUUGUUUCAAUCAUUCAAAUGAUAUGAUUGAUCAAGCUAUGAAAAAAGCUGUUCUUCUUGAGGGGAUUAUUGCCUGCAAAAAGUUUUAUACAUCAUCAAAUGCAGAUCUGCACAAAUGGUAUGCUAUAUUAAUAGGAGUACACAGUAAUUUUUUAUCAAUAAAAGAGAAGAUAUAUAGUGGUUUUGAGUACAAAGAACAUAUACUGAAAGCCUUAGAGAUACGCCCAAACGAUGGCAUGCUACAUCAUCUACUCGGUAGAUGUUUAUAUGAGUUUGCUAAGUUAAGUUGGGUGGAAAAAAAGAUUGUAGCGACAUUGUGUGCAGAGCCUCCAAUCGUCCCAUUUGAAGAUGUGAUAGAUACCUUUAAAAAAGCAGAAAAACUUUUAGACGAAGUGAAUCUGGAAAAUCAACUAUAUAUUAGCAAAUGUUAUAUAGCACUGAGCGACUAUGAGCAGGCCAUCCAUUGGUUAAAGAAGAUUUGUGACUCCUCGCAAAUUGUUGAAGAUGAAGACGAAAAAAAAGUAGUGGACGAGGCUCAUGAUCUUCUCAACAAAUACUCUAGUUAUGAAAAAGAUAGUUAAAAGAGGGUGUUAAUAAAUCUGUUCAUUCCAUACAUUAUAGUAUAAGUAUGUUAUAAGAAUCAACAUGUUACACAUAUAGACGCAAUUUAUAAAGUACGGCAUGGAAAAGGAAGAGGAAAGCAUACAAACAGUUUUAAUUAUUGAACGUAAAAGAAAGUAAUAGAUGUCCCGUAAAUAGUGUUACAAUCAAAAAGGAAUAAGUAUGAAAAAAUAAAUUGACCAAGUAUAAAAUAAAAAUAUAUUCAACAAGGUAAAUUCACACAAGGUAACAAACACAAAAUAUCUCUUUUUUUUAUUAAAUUAAUCUUAAAAAUUGAAAAAUUAACACUAUUUUUACACUAUUUUAAGAAUCCUUAAACUCUAAGCAUACAAUAACUUCUGAAUUAUACAUGAAUUGAAUUACUG